CAUGUUGAAUUACGUUUCGAUUUCCAGUCAGUCAUUUGACGGGUCCAUGACCAUGGAAACAUUUAAUAUAUUAAGUCAAAGAGGACGUGUUCAUGUAAACAGUUUUUAUUAAAUCAGGAAACAGUUACCGCACUUUGUUUUACAGCCUCCAAAGCAAUGACGUAUUGACUGUGUUUCUGGUUUAAAUAAUUAUAUUAUACUACAGUAAAAGAUGUCGGACAUAAGUAUGUAUGUAGGAACAUCUGCCGUGUUGUUGGUCUGCAUGGCUCUGAUCAUCGUUAUCCUGCUACGAAGAUACCACCGACUCCUACAAGCCACACUGCUGACAGAACUGUCCCGGUUCCUGUAUCAAGACAGUGGACCUAGCAAUGUUCAAACAGCCCAGUCAAGCCAGGUCAAGUCUGGAGAUGCAAAACGGUCGCACUCCUUCAACCGUGGAAUGUGCACUGGCUGCCUGACAAGGGGAAACUACAGUCGGAUUGAUGUAGACAAUCUGUCAGACACAUCUCAUGAUGACGUAAUUAUGACUUACAACGAAUAUGGUUGCAGCUCUGUGACAGUGUAAUGUUCAACAACAGUGUAUUGACAACAUCAGAUGGAUAAGUACCCCACUACAAAACGAUCUGAGAAUAAGAGGAUAAGUAAAACGAAACACGGAAAGAGUUGACACACUGAAUUUAACGUUUAUAUGUACGUUUAACAAAGUACAUACAUGGCUUGAAUAAACAAUGUACAAAAUGUGA